AUGUCAUAUUCACAAGUUCAUUUUAGUGAUAUGUAAUCAACCUUCAUUAGCAACUAUAUGGAGAUGGAGGAGCCAAUAUAAGAGAAGGAAUAGUAACUGAAUUGGUGUCAACGAACAUUUGGUCCUAUGAAAAAGGGUGGAAUAAGAAUGAGUAUUAUCAGUCUGUUGGCUCCAUGUUUGGGUGUUGGCAUGUUGGGUUUGCCAUGUAUAAAAAUUGAGUUGUAUUUAAGAUAGAGCAAAAGAAUAGGGACUCAUAACCGAGUUGCUGUUGAUUGCACUUUGUGGAAUAAUCUCAUGUGUAUCGAUGCAUAUUUUAAGUUGGAGUGCAGGUGAUUUGCAAUGUUCAUCUUAUAGCGAACUGAUUCAGAUGAGUUUAGGAAACAAGAUGAAGAGAUUAUUUGAAAUAUUAACUAUCUGUUAUUGUCUAUUGGGAAUUACAUAAAUCUAGAUCUCUUUUCAAUUAUUUAUUUAUGAACUUUUCAGAUAUUUUGAGAUUGCCGUAGAUCAAAGGGAAUUGGCAAUAAUAGUCCAAUUGAUAUUCAUAAUACCAAACCUAUUGAUAUCCUUUCAGAAGACUCUGUACAAAUUAAGAUACUUCUCAUUGAUAGGCGUAAUAUCCGUGAUAUACAUAACCUCCCUUACUUCACUUGAUUACUUUGUCAGAGGUUCAUACAACGACAAUAUCAAAAUCAAAUUGAUAGACGUGGAUUUCAGUAUAUUCACUACUUUUGCAAUGACAUUCUUCUGUUAUAUAUGCCAUUUGUUUAUAUUCCCAAUAAGAAAAGAAUUGCAUAACCCAACAAUCUCUCGUUAGUCCAAGAUAUGGAAAAGGCAAUCUCUAAUUUGUUAUAUAGUUUAUUCAAUUAUUUGCAUAAGCGGUUACUUAAGAUUUGGGGAUGACACAAAAGCUUGGGUUAUCAAUAAUUAUCAUGGAGAUUUCUUUUUUAUGGGUAAGUUGGGAAUGUCUUUUGCUUUAUUCUUUGCAGUUCCUUUGAACAUUUUGGCUUGCAGAUAAAUUAUACAUGACAUGUUGUUAUCCGAUGAAAUGGAAUACCAAAUCAAACAUAAGAGUCUGAGGAUUUAAGCCCAAGAUGGCAAGAUUACUUUUGAAGUUGAUAGUGUCGAUUCUUUCAGAUCCAAAAUUCACAUCUACUCAACCUUAUCACUACAAUUUGGUAGUGCCAUACUUGCUCUCAUUUUACCCAACAUCAAGUAGUUUCAUAUUGUAUUAUUCCAAGUCGCUAUGUCACUGUGUUAGGAGGACUCCUAGGCACAACUAUGGUAUGUCUUAUUCCAGUUCUGAUCUACUUAAGGGAAUAUAGAGACAAGUUGAAUUAUUACAUAGUUAUUUUAGAAAUCACAGGAGUGGUGUUUGGUUGGAUCGGAGCUGUUUAUGGUCAAUUUUGA